AUGACAUCCCCAUCAGAAAUCCAAAUCCCAUCCCUCACCCUCUACAGCGGCUUCCCCACGCGCGGCCGGCACGUCGCCUCGCCCUUCGUAAACAAGCUCGAGACGCGCCUACGCCUUGGUGGCGUCACCUACAAGGUCGCCACGGGGUCGGUGUUCAAGGCGCCUCGCGGCAAGAUCCCGUACCUCGAUGUCGAGGGAACGCCGGGCACGGUCCCCGAGCAGCUGGCCGACUCGACGCUCAUCACGCGCAGAUUGGUUGCGGAUGGGUAUCUGCAGGACUUGAAUGCGGGUUUGACGCCGGUGGAGAGAGCGAGGGAUUUGGGGGUGAGGGCGUUGUUGGAGGAUAAGUUGUACUUUUACCAGGUCCGUGAGCGGUGGAUUGACAACUAUUACGUGAUGCGGGACAAUGCCCUCAGCGCCAUGCCCUUCUUUGUGAGGUUUUUCAUCGGUCUGUUGGCCUACCGUUCCACAAAAGCCAGGCUCCUUGGCCAAGGUGUGCUCCGGUUUACGGAUGACGAGGCCAAGAACACGAAGUUGGAGGUUUGGGAGAACGUGAACGCCCUUUUGGUUGGUUCACGCAAUAACGCCUACGAGACCGAAAAGGCCGGUCCUUUUUGGAUCCUCGGUGGCGCCAAUCCCACCGAGGCUGACGCAACCGUCUUUGGUUUUAUUGCUGCAGCUCUGGAUUGUCCACAGGCACCGGCUACAGAACAGAUAGUCCGCAGCUUUCCCGUCAUUAUGGAUUAUGCGAGGAGGAUUCACGAGCAAUACUUUAGUGACUAUGAGCUUUGGAAGGAAUAG